GUGUGGGUGUGGGUGCGUCGUGUGCAUUGGGAAGCACGGAAUCCCAAGAGAUCUCCCACUUCUACAUUGGAGGGGACGAACGCAGUGCAGGCGGCGCAGGGAGCAAAGAAGAAGUGUCAGUGACUGUGACGAACGUCCUGCUGUACAACCGCCCGUUGAGUACUGCGGAGAUGACUGCGCUUAAAAUGAAAAGCGUUAAUAUUCCAAAGCUGUAUCAUGCAAAAACAGAGCCGAGGGGUACUCCGUCUACUCCUGCCGGGCAACAGCCGUCGGAAUGGGGGCAUUUGGUGGGAAGCAGUAAAGAUGCGAGUGGUGGUGUGGAGGGGGCCGAUUCACAGAUCAGGGAAGUAAAUGCCACGGCACUCAGCAGCAACCUCGGAAAUGUGUCGCAAGAAAAUAACAGCGAUGCCGGCACCAUGCGUGGGAGCGGACUGCUGCCAUCGCUGCUGCUUCUGUUGGGACUGUGGGGGUCUGCGGCUCUCUGA